AUGAAUCAAUGCAAAACACAAAAUAUUGUUGCCCCUCUAACGCAAAGUGCCACCUUUCUCGUCUUUUCAAUAAAAGGUGAACAAAGGGAGAGCAUCGAAACCAUUAAAUCAACACUAGGAUCUACUUCUGAUCUGAUAAAGAAUAUCAAUAUUCGCGAUAAUACAGCACGAUUUGCUUGUACUGUUGGUAUUGGAAAUAAAGCAUGGGAUUGUUUAUUCGGACAAAAAGGAAAACCAAAAGAAUUACAUGCAUUCAAAGAAGUUCGCGGUAAGAAACAUGUUGCAGUUUCAACGCCAGGAGAUUUAUUCUAUCAUAUCCGAUCAGAUCGAAGGGAUUUAUGCUUCGAAUUUGAGAGGCAAUUGACAGAUAUGUUGGACGAUUCUGUUAAAGUGGAAGAUGUCACUGUAGGCUUUCGAUAUUUUGAUACCCGUGAUCUGCUGGGCUUCGUGGAUGGGACGGCAAAUCCACAAGAUGCAGAAGCACUCGAAGCAGCUUAUAUCACACCUUCUAUAGACCCCUCCGAAUCAGCAAUAGGCGGAAGCUACGUAUUGAUACAAAAAUAUAAACACGAUAUCAAAUCAUGGAAAACACUAUCAACCGAAAAGCAGGAAUCAAUCUUGGGAAGAAGAAAGUUUGAUAAUGUCGAACUUGAAGAUGCAGAUGAAAAAGCACAAAAAUCACAUAAAACUUUGUGUACAAUUUCCGCUUCUGAUGGAGGUGAAAGAGCCAUUUUACGCGAUAAUAUGCCUUUUGGUUCACCGGCAGAAAACAUGUUUGGAACAUACUUUAUCGGUUAUUCUCGUGAAUUGUGGGUAAUGGAAAAGAUGCUUGAAAGAAUGUAUUGCGGAGAUCCUGAUGGACUUCACGAUCGUACUUUGGAUUAUAGUACACCACAAACUGGAUCGGUCUUCUUUGCCCCUUCUAUGGACGUUCUAGAUUCUCUAGGUGAUGACUAG